UCCCAGGAAGUGGUGCCCUUCUGUGAUACCUGUGCUGGGGCAUGAGGAAGAGACAGUUUUGGCCACGCAGAGGAGGUGGCAGGUGGACCAAAGGGGGGCUGACAGCCCACCAAGUUCCAGGGUCCAUUGUAUUCCCUCCCUAGGCACAGGUGACUAAGUGACAAGUGGUGGCACUGGUAGCAGAGGAUGUCCUUGGCCCUGGAGCAUGCGGAUGGCAGCUGGUCCUGGAUGGUACUUCUGGCCUCCCUGGUAACCCAAGCCCUCACAGCAAGCUUCCCUGCCUGCAUUGGCAUCUUCUUUGCUGAUUUGCAACGCGACUUCCAAGCCAACAACAGCGAAAUCUCCUGGUUCCCCUCCAUCCUGGGGGCCAUGCUCCAAGCCGGGGGACCCCUGUGCAGCAUCCUGGUGCAACGCUACGGCUGCCGAGUGACGAUGAUGAUAGGAGGCCUGCUGGCCAGCCUGGGCAUGGUGGCCAGCUCUUUCUGCUACUCCCUCAGCCAGUUCUACCUCACUGCCGGGAUGAUCACAGGCCUGGGCAUGAGCUUCAGCUUCCAGUCCAGCAUCACAGUGUUGGGCUUGUACUUCGUCCGACGGCGGGCCCUGGCCAAUGCAUUGGCCUCCAUGGGCAUCUCCCUGGGCGUCUCCCUUUGGCCUCCAUUCGCUCGCUAUCUCUUGGAGAACCUAGGCUGGAGGGGCUCCUUCCUUAUCUUCGGCGGAGUCCUCCUCCAUUGCUGCGUCGCUGGGGCCAUCAUCAGGCCUGUAGCCCCCAUUGUCCCCAAGACCAAAGAAGAUCCCCCUCUUCCUUCCAAGACACCCGCACAAGGCUGCCUGGCAGCAUGUGUUUCAGCCGUCCAGCACCAUCUGGCCUUUGACAUCUUGAGACACAAUGCAGCCUUCUGUAUCUACACACUGGGUGUGACAUGGGUGUUCAUGGGCUUGUCGCUGCCACAGAUCUUCAUGGUGCCAUAUGCCGUAACGCAUGGAGUGGAAGAGUACAGGGCAGCCCUGCUCGUCUCCACCGUGGGCUUCUGCAACAUCUUCCUGCGGCCUGUGGCGGCACUGGUAACAGGCCGGCCAUACUUUGCCCGCUACCGCAAGUACCUGUUCACCCUCGCAUUAGUGUUCAAUGGACUCACUAACCUGGUGUGCGCAUUGUCGGCCAACUUCUGGGUGUUAAUAGGCUACUGCCUGGUGUACAGCGUGUCUAUGUGUGUCAUUGGCAUCUUCCUCUUCCAAGUCCUUAUGGAAAUUGUCCCCAUGGACCGGUUCCCCAGUGCCCUGGGGCUCUUCUCCAUCAUCACUGGCAUUGCUGCCCUCGUCUCCCUACCACUGGCUGGCUUGGUCCUGGACACCACUGGCAACUUCUCCUACGUUUUCUACCUGUCAGCCUUCUUCCUCACCUCAGCUGGACUCUUCAUGACUGGAGGCUUCUAUUACGUGAAGAAGAAGGAAGAGAAAGGCACACAACUCAAGGCAGUAGAAACCAUCUCAGAGACUAGCCUGAUUCAGGGGCCUGAAUCCCAAGAAGGGAAGGACAGUUCCAAGGAGCAGCCACCCCCUGAGAUCGUGACCAGUGUCUGAGGUCUGCUCAGGGAGUGACAUUCCUUCCAGCCAGCCAACUCCAGGAGCAGGCCUUGCUGGCUUUCUCCCUUGGCUCCAGGGAAGGUGACUCUGAGUCCUGACAAGGGCAGCCAUGACAAGAGCAGCUUGGUGGGUGGCUUACUGCAGCUCUCAUGCCCCAGCACACCGGACCUUCUCACCCAAUCUGCGGUCCUCCAAUGUCAGCUGUCCUUGUCUUUCUGUGGCCUCAAGACACUUCCUCCAGGGGUACAAGCAAUCAGCCUUGAACCAAAGGACAAUGUGGCACACAAGUGGCUGGAUCUCACACUGACUGGAACCUUGGGAGAGGCAGCAGUGGAAGGGCAGGCCAGGAAGUUGGCCUGGAUGCCAGAUCGGGGCAGAGUGAAGGCCAGGUGGAUCACCUGCCUGUACUUGUUCCUGUACAGACAGCAGAAAGGGAGUCCUUGAAUGGGUUCCCAAGUCUGGGAAGUCUGAGGUGUCCCCUGGUACCUCAGCAGAGUCUGCUCGUGGCUCUUUUCUCUGUAUUCCACUAUCUCCUUGGUGGGGAGGUUUAGUGAUGGAGCCCAUGGAAGCCAGAUGUUUCACUGAUCAGAGAAGGGGAAGGGUUGCUAAGCAGCCCAAGCACUGUGUUGAAAACAGGACUGCAUUUGCAACAGAAGCCCCGUGACCCCUCCUGGCCUCCUGAGGCCUUCUCCCCCACUGUGUCAUAAAUGUCAACUCUAAAUUCGCAACACUUGGGAGGCUGAGGCAGGAGGAUCACUGAGUUUAAGGCCAGUCUAGGCAACAUA